AUGCUAGGAGAAAGCACAGUUAAUCCUGAAGGAGAAUUCAAGAUCAGUUUUGGUUAUCAAUGCAACACCCAUAACGGUUGCUCUUGCCUGGUUCCCAAUGGGUUUGAAAACCUUCCUGGAAAAAUCCCUAGGAAUAGCAGUUUCUCUCGCCUCUCCGGUGCUGCCUUAAGUGCGAAUGCCACAUUGGCCAACACAAAUAUCUGCAAUGGUGUAAUAGGGGCAGAAAUACUUCCCAGUUGGGAUUCCCCUAAUUCAUUUCGUAGGAUUCCUUCUUCACCAAAUCUUUCAAGGUUGGAUGUAGUAUCAUCUUCUCUUCAAAGCUGUAUGUCAAACCUAAGUUGUAGUCCAUCCACCCCAAGUCCACCUGAAUAUGAUUCUUGUUCAUUAAGAUCCAUGAGUGCUCCUUCUAGAAAUGAAGGUUUUCUUAAUGCAAUGGACAUUCAAGUGGCAGGUGGAGCUGCUGGUGAAGACAGGGUUCAAGCUGUCUGUUCUGAAGAAAAUGGUUGGCUUUUUUGCGCAAUCUAUGAUGGCUUCAAUGGAAGAGAUGCAGCUGAUUUUCUGGCGGGAACAUUAUAUGAGAACAUUCUACAUCAGACUAACUUAUUAGGCUGUGAAUUGAAUCAGGAUGUUACUGGAGUUUCGAAUGGUUUCUAUCCACAUUUGGCCAUCCAGUAUGCUUUCGAGGGAGCUAAGAAUAGUCAUGUGCAGAAAUCACCUGCAGGAAGUUUUAAUAAGAACAAUUCAAGUAUAGACAACUCUGCUAAUAAUGGCCCAUUUCCUGAUUCACUCGAUUCAUUUAGACAGGGGUUGCUUGAUAGCCUUCAGCGUGCCCUUAUUCAGGCUGAGAAUGAUUUCUUGUACAUGGUAGAGCAGGAAAUGGAGGAUCGCCCUGACCUAGUAUCUAUUGGUUCGUGUGUCUUGGUCGGCCUUCUUCAUGGGAUGGACUUGUAUACUCUUAAUCUGGGUGAUAGCAGAGCUGUAUUGGCAACAUACGAUGAGGGAAGUGAGAUGAAAGGCUGUGGGCAACUAAAAGCUAUCCAGCUCACAGAUUCUCACACUGUAGACAAUGAAUUUGAGAGAACCAGAGUGUUGUCUGAUCAUCCUGAUGACCCGGCAGUGAUUGCAGGAGGAAAAGUCAAGGGAAAAUUGAAGGUCACUCGAGCUUUGGGAGUUGGAUACUUAAAAAAGAAAAACCUAAAUGAUGCACUGAUGGGUAUUCUUCGAGUUCGUAACCUCAUAAGCCCUCCAUACAUUUCUACCGAACCAUCGCUGAAUGUGCGUAGGAUAUCAGAAUCAGAUCACUUUGUUAUCUUUGGCAGUGAUGGCUUGUUUGAUUUCUUCAGUAACGAUGAGGCAGUAAAGCUUGUCCAUUCUUACAUCUUGAGCAACCCCAACGGUGAUCCAGCCAAGUUUCUGUUAGAGCAGCUUGUAGGGAGAGCUGCUGAUUGUGCAGGUUUCAGCUUGGAAGAAUUAAUGAAUGUUCCAGCUGGUAGGAGGAGAAAAUAUCAUGAUGAUGUGACUGUAAUUGUGAUAAUCCUUGGAACAAACACUCGCACCUCUAAGGCAUCAACUUGGGUGUAA